CACAAAUGUCUGACAUAUCUUCCUUUAUAGAAAUGUGAAUUUAUCAAUGUCGUUGUGUAUUAUGAUUUAGGAAUGCAGUUUUUCAGAUGGGAACGAUAACCUGUUAGUUCACAUAAGGCAAUUGUCUAUAGUUUUCGCUAAUCUUUUUAUCUGGAAUUACACAUUAUUUUUGGCACUUUAAUAUCAGGUUCUACGAAAGAUAAGUACAAUGUCAACAAACUACGAAUCCUACCUGAAAACAUCUUUAUCAAAGUAUAAAUAUGCAGACAUCGCCAAAAGAGAUGUACUUAAUGUAUUUCAACAAUUCAAAGACCUUCGACCUGCGUACGAUUCAUACAUUUUCAAUGAUGGGUCUAAAAAGGAAUUGUUGAAUUUGGAUGGAACUAUUCCUGUAUCUUACAGAAGUGUCACAUACAACAUCCCUGUAUGUAUUUGGAUCUUGGACACACAUCCCUACAAUCCUCCCAUGGUCUUCGUCAAGCCCACAAGCAGUAUGCAGAUCAAGCAGGGAAGAAACGUAGAUGCCAAUGGAAAAGUGGAUCUACCCUACCUCCGGGACUGGAGAUAUCCACAGUCAGACCUGCUCGGGUUGAUACAGAUACUUGUGAUUGUGUUCAGCGAUGAUCCGCCUGUAUUUUCACGGGUACAGACUCAAAGGACCCAACCGUAUCCUCAGACACAGCAAUCUAAUCUGCCAUACCCUUCACAAGGGGGCUUCCAGAUGCCAACCCCUGGGGGAACUGGCUCGAACCCUCCAGCAUAUACACCCUAUCCUUCUGGUGGAUAUAACCAGUCAGGGAGUGGGUCCAACUUCAAUUAUGGUGGCAAUUUCCAACAGCAACCCCAAGGAUUUCAGGGCUAUCCACAGAACACUGGAGGGUAUCCCCAAAGUGGUCAACAACAGUAUCCCUCUCAGACUCCAUACCCAAGCUAUCCUUCUCAGUCACAAUACUCCACAUCUACAGCCAGCACAGUGACCAGUUCUGGCCAAGGAGGGCCUGGUAGUACCAACACAGUAACUGAAGAACACUUAAGGAUGUCGCUACUGUCAGCUGUCGAGGAUAAAAUGAAACGGAGACUGAGGGAAAUAUUUGAACAAGCACAGGCUGAAAUGAAUGUUCUGCACAAAACACAGACAGAUCUUCUUCAAGGACGAGAAAAAUUAGACAAGAUGAUGAAAGAUCUUGACACAGAAAAGGUAUAUAUUGAGAACAACAUCCAGAUGUUAAAGGAGAAGGAUCGGGAGGUAAAGGACGCUCUAGAGAAGAUGAGUAAAGAAGAUUCACUGGACAUUGAUGAUGCCGUGGUCACCACAAUGCCUCUCUAUAAACAAUUAGUGAACUCCUUCGCAGAGGAACAAGCUAUUGAGGAUGCUUUGUUUUACCUGGGAGAUGCUCUACGGAAAGAUGUCAUCGAUAUAGAUGUGUUCCUCAAGCAAGUACGGGAGCUUUCCAGAAGACAGUUCAUGUUGCGAGCAUUAAUUACAAAAUGUCGCAGCAAAGCAGGAUUACCUCCCUUGGCCUGAAAUGCUUGUAUAUGAACUUUGUUGAAACUUUUCCAACAACAAGGAUUUACAGUGUCAUCGUCAAAGCAUUGUGAAUCGCAGUGAUCAUGGUGAAUAGAUUUACUGAUUUGUAACUGUUAGAAAAAAAAAUUUACAUUGUGGAAAAUAUUUUGGUAUUUUUUUUCAUGAAACUUUUGCCACUAUUGCCCAACUGUCAUUAAGACAAGAAUAAGCAAUGGGCGUCAGUUUGAUGUUGAAGCAGAAAUAUUUGUUUCAUGAAUUAAUGGGCGAAUUUAAAGCAGAGCAAAAAUAAAUGAUUUUCUUCAAGGGCUAGAGAACUUCUUGGCAAACGUUCCCUUGUAUAUAUGCUAACAGUACAUAUUCAUUUGAAAGUCUGAGUUUAUUUGAAAUAUGUUUAUUUUAAAUUUGUUUUAAAUUUCCUUUAAAAUAAUUAAAUAUCAUCUUAUUUACAAAUAUAUAUUUAGGACAUUUGGUAUAGUUGAUAUAAAUAAUGGUGAUUUAGGAUAAAUUGAAAAAUGUGAAGAUGGCUCCUUUUCUGAUCAGAAAGCAGAAGUGAAAGAGAGAUAUGAUUGGUGGGACAAAGAUGAUGAAGAAACAGUCAGUGUCAACCAAGGCUGAAAAGUUUUUACGUUUUUUCUUAAAUGACAGAAACUUUCACCAUUUUUCUAAUGAAGGAUAUAACAUUUUCGAUGAGAUGGCAAGAAUAUUUCUUGUCGAUAUUCAUUUUUCUGACAACAUAUAUCUAGCAUCAUGGUAAUUGAUUAUUCAUAUGAUAUAGAGAAGAAGAUGUGCAAAUAGAUUCUCAAGGAAUUGAACGGGGGUUUACUUGAAUUUCUUUCUUUUCUGCUUUCGGAUUUUAUUUUUCGGAUACUUGAAAUUUUAAAAAAGUGUUAUUUAUUACAGACUAUUGGUAUGCAUGGUAAAAGUGUUAUAUAUGUGUUCAUAAUUUCUUCGUUUUUCUUUCAUUUCGAUGCCACAAGCUUAUCUCAAAAGUUUGAUUUAAAACAUGACAUACAAUGAAAAUAAAUAUUCCUUCUACAAUUGUGAUUUUUUUUUGACAUGUUUGACUCGUAAUAACAGCACUUUGUAUUCUUACUCAAUUUGUAAACCUCGUCCAACAACCAUAAUUGUUUAUUAACAUAUUUAAAACAGUCUACAGACUCUGACAAAUGUAAAUGUUUGUUUUUGUCACUUACUUUACAUUUCCAUCCUAAACUCUGGUAAUAAGCACUCUCACAUCUCUAUGAUUGUUAAAUAGAAAUAAUAACAGAUGCUAUUUCAGUGUCCUGGUAUAAGCCCACCCCUAACUUUGAAUUGGAGAUAAUAUGUCGGCUCCCUGGGGUCCUGUAAUAAGACCACAUCCUGAAUUUUACUCAAAGGCUAUGUGUUUUCCAUCAUGGUUACUGCAGGAUAAAAAUGGUAAUGUUCAUUUCAUGCCCUGAAGACAUCCAGCUUGAUCACUACCAAGAUGAAGUUUUGCAUUGUGAGAUCCAAUGUAAGAGAAUUUAGUUUCUGGGAUUGACCAAACUCAUCCUAUGAUGAUAGUCAAAUAUUUUUUUGUCAUUUCAGUAUUCCUGCAUCUUUCUUCUUUCUCAAGUGUUUUUGUUUGAUAAAAAAUUUUCUAUUCAUUAUUUUUAUUCCCCUGUAGAAAAUGUGUAAUAAAUAUUUGUUACCUGUGUGUUGACCACCAUUGCAAUAUAUGUUAAUAUGAAGGGGAGGAUGAAGUCGAACGCUUUCAUUAUCAAUAAAGAAAAUACUUUUUACAUCCUUUUUUUUAACAAGCUCUAAUCCAGAAAUGCUCUGUUUCAGCUUUAUUUGCAAAUUCAACUGUUUAGCUAUCAUGAUGAAGAGCUUCAUUUGAAACCCAGGAUAAUAGCAUAACAUUACAGUUGAAAUUACCCUUCAUUAAUGAAAAAUUGUUUCACCAAUAUUCUGAAUCAAUGGUGUUGAGUUAUUAUUAUGACAAUAGUAUGAUAGUGGUCUGUGAUAUGGUAGAGGUGUAGUAAUGUGGGAAGUGUGUUGUUUCGGAAUGUCGACGGAGCUUAAAUUCGGGAGGAAGCACAUGUAGGGCGCUUUUGCAUAAACAGUUGAAACAAUUGGACUUGUUGAACCUACAAGAAAAACGUCAGGUACAGAUCAGGACCGAGGCUGAACUCUGAUAUAUUAUGCACAUGCAGUUUGAGAUGUACUUGUCUUGAAACUAAUUUGCUGAAUAUCAUUAGUAUUCAGGAUUUCAGCAUAAAAAGUAGGACCGGUGCACUCACAUAAUUCUGGGAACAUUGUGCUAAAAUGCAUUAGUGAAAUGGAUGGUAUCUUAUUUUGUCAUUUUGUGUACCUUAACAUAUAUCAGAUUCAACAUUCGGUACAAGUGUGUUCGUGUUUAGUGGAAUAUUUCCAGACCACCUGAACUGUUUCAACCGGGUUACACAAAUGCAGCCAUAGUGAUUUUUAACACAAACUUUACUAAUCUAUGAAAGUAGAAAUUAUUGUAAAGAAAACAAUUAUGAUUCUUUAUCUAAUGAUUACACAGAAUUGCUUAUGAAGAUGAAAUGAUGUAAGAGAUAUUGGAUCUUUAAUUAAAUUUUGAUUUAUUUAUAAUCAAGUUUUAUUUGAUUAAAAACAAGGAAAAAAUGCUAUACAACAUUGUACAAAUUACUAUUUGUAAAUAAUUCUUUUCACAAAUGAUUUUGAUGAUUAUAUCCAAUUCAAUUUUUCUGAUAUUUUCAUUUUUUUUUUUUAUUU